AAAAAUAGUUUAAAAUGGGUGUAGUUAGUACUCAAAAUAAAAGUAAACCCAAAAGUGUGGCUAUCGUUGGAGGAGGUUUGGUAGGUUCUCUGGCAGCAUGUUUUUUGGGAAGAAGAGGAUUUGAAGUGCACUUAUUCGAAUAUAGAGAAGAUAUCAGGACAGCAGAACAUGUUAUGGGAAAAUCUAUUAAUUUGGCGAUGUCGGUUCGUGCAAGAGCAGCCUUAAAAUCUGUCGGUUUAGAAGACGUCAUGAUUAAAAACCAUGGUAUACCAAUGAGAGCCAGGAUGAUUCAUGGAACCGAUGGAUCUUUGAGAGAAAUUCCUUAUGAUGCAAGAACUAAACAGUGCAUAUACUCAGUGAGCAGACGAUAUCUUAAUGAAAUAUUAUUAACAGCAACCGAAAAAUACAAUAACGUCCAUUUACACUUCAAUCAGAAGUUGAUUAAUAUAAACUUCAAUGAUGGUGAAAUAACUCUACAAAAUACCUUAGACAAAUCCACGACAAAUAGUAGAUUUGAUUUUGUGAUCGGAUCUGAUGGUGCAUAUUCCAUGGUCAGAAGACAUAUGAUGAAACAGGCCAUGUUCGACUAUAGUCAAACUUACAUUAAACAUGGUUACAUGGAACUUUGUAUUCCUCCUGACAAAGAAGGAAAGUUUGCAAUGCCCGAAAAUUUUCUCCACAUCUGGCCCCGAGGUCAAUUCAUGAUGAUAGCACUGCCAAAUCAAGAUAGAUCCUGGACAGUAACUUUAUUCAUGCCUUUUGAAAAAUUUUCAAUGCUGAAUAGUCCCGAAAAGUUACAUACAUUUUUCUCGGAAUAUUUCCCGGAUUCCAUACCUCUAAUAGGAAAAGACAGGUUGACCAAAGACUUCUUCAAAGGAGGACCACAACCGUUGGUUUCUGUUAAAUGUUCUCCUUACCAUGUUAGAGACAAGGCUCUUUUGAUUGGAGAUUCUGCACAUGCGAUGGUGCCUUUUUAUGGACAAGGAAUGAAUGCAGGUUUUGAAGACUGCUCGUUAUUAGAUGAUCUUAUAGAAAAAUUUGGAGAUGAAAACAUGGAAAAUGUUUUUAAGGAAUUUACGGAAAAACGAGUAGACGACGCUCAUGCUAUUUGUGAUUUAGCAAUGUAUAACUAUAUUGAGAUGAGAGAUUUAGUCAACAAAAAAUCAUACAGACUUCGUAAAACAUUCGAUGAUUUUCUAUUUUGGAUUGCACCUCAAGUUUGGGUACCUUUGUAUAAUUCUGUAUCAUUUACCAGAAUGAGUUAUAGAAAAUGUAUAGAAAAUAGAGCUUGGCAGGAUAAGGUUCUUUCAAAAGCCAUUUUCACAUUAAGUAUUGGAGGCGCACUUAGUAUUUUUGGAGCAGCUUUUUACUUUGGAAAAAAAUCAUCAUUUAAUUUUCCCGUAGAAAAAUAUUUUGAUAAAGCUGUAAAAUCAGUUGGACUUGUAUGGCCUUACUGAUAAAUUAGUAUUUAA